AUGUCUCUCUCUUUCCCUCCUCGCCAGCUCUACUAUAAUGGUCAAGUCCAGGCCGCCACCUCCGGCAAGACUUUCCAAACCAUCAACCCCGCCACCGCUGCCCCGCUGGCCGAGAUCCAAGUCGCCUCGAACAGCGAUGUCGAUGCCGCGAUCACCGCAGCGGACCGGGCAUUCCCCUCCUGGGCGCAAACCCCUUUGAUUGUCCGAGCUCGUAUUCUUCACAGGGCUGCAGCCCUCUUGCGCGAGCGCAAUGACGAAAUCGCCCGCGUCGAGACAUUGGACUCCGGCAAGGCGUACACAGAGACAAGCACAGUCGACGUGGUGACCGGCGCUGAUGUGCUGGAGUACUAUGCCAACUUUAUUGGUGGUGGUGGUCUCAAUGGUGAAACCACUCACCUCCGCGAAGACGCCUGGGUGUAUACCAAGAAGUCUCCUCUGGGGGUGUGUGCCGGUAUUGGUGCUUGGAACUACCCCAUCCAGAUUGCCCUUUGGAAAUCGGCUGCUUGUUUGGCCGCGGGUAACACAAUGGUCUACAAGCCCAGUGAAUUCACACCCCUCCACGGUCAAACUCUCGCCCAAAUCUACACCGAGGCCGGUCUGCCCGACGGUGUCUUCAACGUAAUCAAUGGUGCCGGUGACGUCGGCGCCUACUUGACCGGUCACCCUUCUAUUGCCAAGGUUUCUUUCACCGGACAAGUCUCCACUGGCCAGAAGGUGGCGGGCUCCGCUGCUGGUAACAUGAAGUACGUGACGAUGGAGCUUGGCGGUAAGAGCCCCUUGAUCGUCUGCCCCGACGCGGAGCUCGAGAGUGCCGUCAACGGUGCCAUGAUGGCCAACUUCUACAGCACUGGCCAGGUCUGCACCAAUGGCACACGGGUCUUCGUGCCCCGCGCCAUGAAGGUCGCAUUUGAGAAGAGUCUGCUUGAGAAGAUUCCAUACGUGCGGGCAGGCCCGCUCUUCGAUGAGCAGACCAACUUUGGUCCCUUGAGCUCCAAGGCCCACUAUGAGAAGGUGCUCUCUUACAUUCAACACGGUAUUGAGAGUGACCGCGCCACGCUGCUUUGUGGUGGUGUUGAGAAGCCCUCUGUCCCCGCGGAUCUGCAGGCCGGUUUCUGGGUCAAGCCCACUAUUUUCACCGACUGCACCGACUCCAUGCGCAUUGUCAAGGAGGAGAUCUUCGGCCCCGUUAUGUCCAUCCUGUACUACGACACCAUUGAAGAGGCCGUGCAGCGUGCUAACACCACCGAACUCGGCCUCGCUGCGGGUGUCUUCACCAAGGAUCUCAACCAGGCUCACCGCAUCAUCGAUCAGCUCCAGGCCGGUAUCACCUGGGUGAACACAUGGGGCGAGAGCCCUGCAGAGAUGGCUGUCGGUGGCUGGAAGAAGAGCGGUCUGGGUGUGGAGAAUGGCCGUCGCGGUAUCGAGGCUUGGCUGCAGAACAAGAGCACUCUGGUUGACAUGAGCGGCUCUGUGCCCUCGGUCUUUGCCAAGCUAUGA